AUGUACCAGCAUACUGUUGUGUCUGCCGCACCUGCCUGUGGUGGCCAUGUUCCGAUCAGAAGUCGUGUACAAGCUCUGUGGCGACUUUUGUAUUUUUCACGCCAGUCGAACAAAGCUACAGCGUUCCCAGCAUUUUCCUUCACUUUUUCAUUGACAUAA